AUGGCAUACAACUAUAACAACUACCGGCACAACUCGAUCGGAGGCAAUUGGCAGUUGCCCCCGCCGCAAGGGUAUCCCGACAAUACCCAGGACAAGCCGGGGCAGCCGUCCCAGGCGCCGGGGUUCCGCAACCCGUGGUUCUCCCAGCCAGUGCAAGGCCUGCCCCAUGGCAGCCCCCAGACCAGCUCCAACGGCAUGCUGCCCACCGUUUUAGGGCUGCCCAACUUGUCCCACUCGCCUACGAAGUCGAUCCCGCUCCUCAGCCACCUGCUGUCGCUGAAACGGCUCCUGUUCGCAAACCAGCUUCCCACAACCUACGAGUACGACCAGGACGUCGCCCGAUUGUCUCAAAACGCCCCUGCUUUCAUCCACCCCCCGAUACGGGCAGGAAAUCCGUUUAACCAGAGUCAGUACUAUACCAACCAAGACGUCCAGCUCCAUAAUGACCGCCGCAUGCUGACAGCGGCGAUCCCCGAUCAUAUCGCCUUCCAAUACCAACAACAACAACAGCAAGGGUAUCCGGCACCGCCGCCUCCAGCCCCGGGAGCCGUUCCUCAGCCGCCAGCGGCCCAGUCGCAGCUGUUGUUCAAUCAACAGCAAAUGAACCGGCGCCUGCUGAUCGCAGUGGGGGGUUAUUUCCAGGACCGCCGCAACUUGGGCCUGGGCCUGUACCAGCCUCAUUUGCCGCCGACAUCGCCAGGAUCUCCAGGAACUGCUCGCGCCGGGGUGCGCCAACUGCUGAUUGUUGCCUUCCAGCAAUACCAACAGCAACAGCAGCAACGCCGCCACACCACCCGGCGCAAGCCAGCGCCGCGUGCGGUGAAAGUGUACUCCAAGCUUGACUUAAAGCCCCGCAUCCACUGUCAACCCCAAUAUCGCCGGGCCCUGGCUACCGGCCACUACAUCUCGCCCGUGAACGCGUUACUGGUGUAUCUCACCGAGCUGUAUCUGAUUUGCCAACCGCGCAAGUUCCAAUACAAUAAGCUGACCAACCCUAAACGAGUGCUCACGAAACCGCUGGAGCCUAAGUUUAAUAAUGGCUAUGAUAAUGAGGACAGUGACUACAUCUUGUACGUGAACGACGUGCUUGGUGCUGAGGAAGGCCGCAAGUACAUCGUAUUGGAUCUUUUGGGUCUGGGUACCUUUGGUCAGGUCGUCAAAUGCCAGAACUUGGCCAAUCAACUGAUUGUGGCGGUGAAAAUCAUCAAGCUGAAGCCGGCAUAUAUGAACCAGAGUCUUACUGAAGUGAAACUUCUUGAGUUCCUCAAUGUUCACUCCGAUGGCCACUACUUUAUCCGCAUUCUCGACACAUUCAUGCACAAGGAGCAUCUUUGUCUUGUGUUUGAACAGCUUGCUCUGAAUCUUUACGAGCUAAUCAAGCAGAACCAGUUCCAGGGGCUCAACAUGAAACUCGUAAAGCUUCUCACUCGCCAGUUGCUUGAAGCAAUGGCUCAGUUGAAGGGAUUCCAGAUAAUACAUUGCGAUCUAAAACCGGAGAAUAUUCUAUUGUGCAAGCCCGACAAACCCGACAUUAAGGUGAUUGAUUUCGGUCUGGCCUGCUAUACCCGCCAGACAAUCUACACCUACAUUCAGCUGCGAUUCUAUCGCCUGCCCGAGGUUAUCCUUGGGCUACAUUACACCGAGGCCAUUGACAUGUGGUCGUUAGGUUGCAUUGUUGGUGAGCUUUUCUUGGGGCUUCCAAUGUUCCCCGGCACCCUGGAGUACAAUCAAAUCUGGAAGAUCGUUGACAUUUUGGGCAACCCGCCGCGCCACAUGAUCGAAGUGGGUCGUAACCUGAUGAACUUCUUCACCAAACUGGGUAUUGACUCCGACGGCAAGCCGGUGUAUCGCAUCAAGACCUAUGAUGAAUACCUCAAUUUCUUACGUCAACAAAAGGGGAAGGAAGACGCCCUUAAAAAGGAACAGCCCAACAAGAACUAUUUCAAGCAGCGGACCUUGAAAGACAUCAUUCUUCAUUACAAGAUGCCGCUGAAGAAGAUGACCCUGAGCAUGAUCGAAAAGGAAACGGAAGAACGCAUGCUACUUAUUGACUUUCUCACUAAAGUACUCAAUCUCAACCCGGUGGAACGGCUCACUCCCCAGGAAGCUUUGAAGCACCCCUUCGUCAACGAGGCCGCCCGCGAGUGA